AGCGUCUAUGACAAUGACCGAGAUUAAGGUCAAGCAAUUAAAUAUGAAGUACGGCGCGGCCCGCACACACAAGUGACCCCGACUAAUUCUACGACGCCAUAUCCGUUCCUCGCUACAACCAAAAUGACGGCAGUCGCAUUGCAGCCCUGGCGCACUUCAUGAAUGCGGACAGUCUUGCUGCUAAAACGGUCAUAUGAUGGGACAUCCGCCUCCAGAGCUGUGGUCCGCAUUUUCACUGCAUUUUUAGUCGAGCGUAGCCUGACCAUCCAGUCGCCACGUAGCUCAGCCCCUUCAGACCAAACUCACCGUCAAUCCCGCAUGACCCUGAUGCGGGAUCAACCACACGAUAGCUCUGCACAGCACAGCCUCGAUUCAACGAUGCGACCCUUUGCAUAAUGUUCAAGGCAUGGAGCCACUGGCUAAGAAACCACGACUUGAUGUGACCAUCACAGGCCACCAAGCCGAGCUCCCCAACGAUGUACUAUGGAGUCAACGAUAUAAUCGCAGCGAGUCGAGUACAUUCCACGGUUCGGGUGUUCAGGUUCAGAAUGGUAGCGUCGAUGUCGGGCGUGACUUGAUUGUCAACAAUUUUGCAACGACGAACGAACCAAACGACCAUAGACGAUCAUUACUCGAGACGUUACGCUUCGAUCAGAUAGAUGCCCGGCAUUUGAGCAUCAAGAAUGCGCAUGCCACUACGUGUCGGUGGUUUCUGCAAACCCCAAUAUACAAGACAUGGGAAGAGAAGGAUCCAGAGCAUAAUGGCAACAAUUUUUUGUGGAUCAAGGGGAAGCCUGGAGCCGGCAAGUCGACGUUGAUGAAGUUUCUGCUUGGGCAAUCACAGAUUCGGAUUCACAAGAAGAGAAGCAAUGAUGUUGUUGUCUCCUUCUUCUUCAAUGCCAGGGGCGAUGACUUGGAGAAGUCCACCGUCGGCUUGUACAGAUCGCUCUUGCUACAGUUACUCGAAACUCGGCCCGAACUGCAACACCUACUAGAUACAUCCCGACCAGGUCGCCGAUGGGAUAUUGGGUCUCUGAAAUCUCUGUUUGAGAAAGUUGUACAACACCUGGGCGAAAUACCAGUUAUUUGCUUGAUCGAUGCACUCGACGAGUGUGAAGAAGUCGAGGUUCGAGCAAUGGUCGAUUUCUUGAGUGAUAUGGUGCACAUCGGAAAGCGACUGUAUAUCUGUUUCGCAAGCAGACAUUAUCCGCAUAUCACCGUCAAUACGGGACUAAGCAUCAUUCUUGAGGAGCGAGACGAACAUCAAACCGAUAUAGCCACGUACUUGAACAGUGCAUUGCGUAUUGGCCAUAGCAAGCUCGCCGAGGAAAUUCGUUCUGACCUUCAGGAGAAGGCCUCUGGUGUCUUCAUGUGGGUUGUACUCGUGGUGGAUAUCUUGAACAAGGAAUAUGAUGCUGGCUGUAAUCACACCCUACGUGAACGGCUCCGACAACUUCCCGGUGACCUCCAUGAACUAUUCCGCGAUAUCCUCACUCGUGAUACUAAUCACCAGGAUGCGCUUCUACUGUGCAUCCAAUGGGUGCUAUUCGCCAAACAAUCCCUUACAUCAAAGCAGUUGUACUUUGCAAUUUUAUCUGGCUUCGAACCCCAGUACUUGCCCGACUGUCAUUCAGAUGAUAUCUCGGACGACGAUGUGCAGAGGUAUAUCCUCAAUAACUCGAAGGGUUUAGUUGAAUUGACCAAGUCCAAGAUGGCAACCAUCCAGUUCAUACACGAAUCGGUCAGGGACUUUUUGCUAAAGGAGGGUGGACUGGACAGAGUCUUCCCCCAUCUCGGAACGAACAUCCCUGGUCGGAGUCACGAAGCACUCAAGCAUUGCUGCCUCAGGUACAUGGGCAUGGAAGCGGUGAUUAGGCUUGGAGAAUCGUCCCGCGAAGCUACAAAUCUCAAAUUUCCGUUCCUUGAAUAUGCCAAUCACAGCAUCUUUUAUCACGCCGAUCAAGCAGAGAGCUAUGGCGUAAGCCAGGGAGACUUCUUGGCCCACUUUCCGCUCCCUGAAUGGAUAAGGCAUUACAAUGCGCUUCAAAAACAUGACACCCGUCGUUAUACGCCCAAAGCUAGUCUCUUAUAUAUCCUAGCUGAGUCUGAUACGCCAGCGCUUGUUCGUGCCUACCGGCCUCGUCAGUCCUAUUUCGAGGUAGAAGACGAACGCUACGGGCUUCCGAUUCUUGCAGCAGUGGCCAUGAAGAGUAGCGCUACAGUUCAGGCCAUGUUAGAACUCCGGGCUGAGCAAAUGCCGGAGUUCUCUUUCGCACAUUUUUGCAGCCUGUUGCCGUCAACUUCUAGUAAUAAACAUGUCUCUAGUCGAAAUUUCACUUUUAGUAAAAAGAGAGGGAUUCUGCCUCAGCUUGUUGAGAACGGGAACGAGGCAGUAUCGCUUUUCUUUCUUGUCACAGAGAAUUGUGAUUUCGAUUUGAGAGAUAAACAAGGAAAGUCAGUACUCAUGCAUGCGAUAGAGAGAGGAUAUCGCGCCGUUUCGGAAGAGCUCGUCCAAAAAGGUGCCGAUAUCUCCGCCGCCGACAAUGAUGGAAAGACACCAUUGCACCAUGCUUCAUCCUCUGGGCAAGCUAAAGUCGCCACAUUGCUUAUUGAUCGUGGUGCUGAUAUCUCCACCACCGACAAAGAUGGAAAGACACCAUUGUACCAUGCUUUAUCCUUAGGGCAAGUUGAUGUCGCUUUGUUGCUUAUUGAUCGUGGUGCUGAUAUCUCCACCACCGACAAAGACGGAAAGACACCAUUGUACCAUGCUUUAUCCUUAGGGCAAGUUGAUGUCGC